AUGGCAACCACGCGCACCAAGAUCGGCCAUGGGCUGGCCAAGCUCUUCAACAUCAAGCUCCAGGAGAAUGAGCCCUAUCUGGACGAGGUUUCGAGGGAAGAGCCCGAGUCCGGCACGGCGGUGUUCGUUGAACAGCCCGUGACCGUUUCUGAAUACUUUCAUGACAUUUCGCCCACAGGCAAGGGCGUGGCAAACUAUGUCAAGUCCUUGUUCCCCUUCCUGUCCUGGAUUGGAAAAUACAAUUUUAUCUGGCUCGCUGGUGAUAUGGUUGCUGGUAUCACGAUCGGGGCUGUGGUUGUUCCCCAGGGUAUGGGAUAUGCCAAACUUGCUGAGCUCCCCGUCGAGUUCGGACUGUACUCCUCCUUCAUGGGCGUCUUGAUCUAUUGGUUCUUCGCGACCUCCAAGGAUAUCACUAUCGGACCCGUCGCUGUCAUGUCUCAACUCACGGGCAACAUCGUUCUUGCGCUACAGGACCAGUUCCCGGACGUCGAGGCAUACCAGAUUGCAUCUUGCUUGGCUAUCCUGGCUGGCGCGAUCGUAUUUUUCAUCGGCUUCAUCCGCAUUGGCUGGAUUGUCGACAUGAUUCCCCUGGUCUCGCUCUCGGCCUACAUGACAGGCUCGGCUAUAAACAUCUUGGUCGGUCAGGUGCCCACUCUGCUGGGCGAGACGUUCCCAAAGCCAUGGACGACCCGCGACCCCACAUACCGUGUGAUGAUCAACACACUCAAGUAUCUUCCCACCGCCACGCUUGACUCUGCUAUGGGUCUCACGGCCCUUGUCCUGCUGUAUGCUAUCCGGCAUGCAUGCCAGUGGCUGGCCAAGAAGAACCCCAAGCAUCAGAAGCUACUGUUCUUCAUCUCGACUCUGCGCACGGUCUUCGUUAUCCUUCUGUACACUAUGAUCAGCUGGCUCGUCAACAUGCACCACCGUUCGGAUCCCAAGUUCAAGAUUCUGGGAACCGUCCCGAGAGGCUUCCAGAACGCCGGUGCUCCGCUCAUGACCAAGUCUCUGGUCAGCGCCUUGGUUGAAUACCUCCCAUCGACAGUUAUUGUCCUCUUGAUCGAGCACAUUGCCAUUUCCAAGUCCUUCGGUCGAGUCAACAACUACACGAUCAACCCGUCGCAGGAGAUGGUGGCCAUCGGUAUUGCCAACCUUCUGGGACCCUUCCUGGGUGCAUAUCCUGCUACCGGUUCCUUUAGCCGCACAGCCAUCAAGGCAAGGGCCGGCGUGCGGACACCUUUCGCCGGUGUUAUCUCGGCCGUCGUGGUCCUGCUGGCCAUCUACGCGCUGCCUGCCGUUUUCUUCUACAUUCCAUCGGCUUCUCUGUCCGCCGUCAUUAUCCACGCUGUCGGUGACUUAGUCACGCCUCCCGACACCGUCUACCAGUUCUGGCGCGUCUCGCCCUUCGAGGUCAUCAUCUUCUUCGCAGGUGUGCUCGUCACUGUCUUCAGCAGCAUCGAGGACGGUAUUUACACCACUAUCUGCAUAUCAGCGGCCAUGCUCCUGUACCGCAUCCUCCGCAGCCGCGGUCGCUUCCUCGGGCGUGUCAAGGUCAACUCGGUCCAGGGCAGCUCAGUCCUCGGCAAGGACGCGGACCAGCGCCUUGGCGAGUACGGCACGUUCGGCAGCUCGAGCUCGAACCCCACCAGCCACAUCGACCAUCCUCUGUCGCGCAACGUCUACCUCCCCAUCAACCACGGUGACGGCUCCAACCCAGCCAUUGCCCUCUCGCAGCCUUACCCCGGUAUCUUCAUCUACCGCUUUUCCGAGGGUUUCAACUACCCCAAUGCCAACCACACAUUGGAAUACAUGGUGGAGUGCAUCUUCGAGCAGACCCGCCGCACGAGCCUCAACUCGUAUCCACGUCCCGGUGACCGUCCAUGGAAUGACCCAGGCCCGUCGAAGCGUGCCCUGAAGAAGGCUCUCCGGGGCGAGAUCAACCUCAACGCGGGCCACGAGGACCUACCGACCGUGCAGGCAAUUAUCCUCGACUUCUCUGCCGUCAACUUUGUCGACGUGACCUCGGUGCAAGCCCUGAUCGAUGUCCGCAACCAGCUCGACCGGUACGCGGCUCCCGACUUUGUCGACUGGCACAUCGCCUGCAUCAACAACCGCUGGGCGAAACGGGCCCUCGUGGCUGCUGGCUUUGGCUAUCCCAAUGAGCGGCCCGACGGCCAGCACCACAGGUGGCAGAGCAUCUUCAGCGUGGCUGAAAUGGGCGGCGAGGACAGCCCCGCGGCGCAGGCCGAGGCCGAGCUCAACGAGAAGACCCUGCGCGAGCGUGAGCACCCGGGCAAGGUCGAGGAGGGCCUGCACAACCCGGACCACAUCAACGUGGCCGAAACGGGGAGCGCGAGCGGCAGCUCGCAGGAGGACGAGAUCAAGAAGACAGCGACAAGGGACCAGGGCUCGAGGCUCAGACAGCGCAGGGCGGUUGCCGUGCACAGCGCCAACAGGCCGCUCUUCCACGUGGAUCUCACGAGCGCCCUGCAGAGCGCCAUCGCCAACGUGGAGGCGAGGGCGUCGGCGGAGCCCAGGUCGACUGGCGAAGACGAGGACGCAAAGAAUGUAUAA